GCUUCAAAUUUGACGGCUUCAGCUGCGAGACUGCUCGCAGUAUGGUCGCUCUCAUGGACGUAUCCUUUCAACCUCUUUGUUCGGACGAUCCCGCCCCCCCCACACGGUCUUCCUGCACCCCGGUCGAUACCAGUGGAACCCUUGGUUUUGAGGAAUUCAAGAAACUCUGGUUUGAACUGCGUCUAUGGCAGACCAUCUAUAAACGGUAUGACCCUGAAGGUCUCGGCUUGUUGAAGUCUUGUCAACUCCGUGAGGUCCUCAGCGAUACUGGCAUUCACGUGAGUAACCAGGUCUUCAAGGCCAUCGUCUGUCGCUACGUUGACAACGGACAGGUUCUUUUUGAUGACUACAUCCUGCUGGUUGUGCGUCUGAUUACGGUGUUUGCCACCUUCAAGGAACGCGCGCGUCCCGGUCGCGAUCGGGCGGAAUUCACUCCUAAUGAAGUACGUUUUCCGCCUCGCCCCCUCCAAUUUUUCCUCCUUAGGUUUUGCUUAUAA